AAAUCCAUCCUCACCGGAAGUUGACGGUUAGCAUCUCUGUCAGUUUACCUUCCCGGUGAGAGUGCGCGUGUCCAGGUGUAAAAAUGUUACCUUUAUCUAUAAAGGACGAUGAGUACAAACCGGCCAAGUUCAACCUGCUGCUCAAACUGUCCGGAUGGUUCAGGUCGAUUUUAGCAGACAAAACCUCCAGGAAUCUGUUCUUCUUCCUCUGCCUGAACCUGUCGUUCGCCUUCGUGGAGCUGACAUACGGCAUCUGGAGUAACAGUUUAGGUCUCAUCUCAGACUCCUUCCACAUGUUCUUUGACUGCACCGCGCUGCUGGCCGGCCUCGCAGCCUCCGUCAUCUCCAGGUGGAGGUCCAACGACAGCUUCUCCUACGGGUACGUCAGAGCAGAGGUUCUGGCGGGCUUCGUCAACGGACUCUUCCUCAUCUUCACCGCCUUCUUCAUCUUCUCAGAGGGAGUGGAGAGAGCGCUGGAGCCGCCCGACGUUCACCACGAGCGGCUGCUUCCUGUCUCUGUGGCCGGGCUGCUGGUCAACCUGGUGGGGAUCUUCGUGUUUCAGCACGGAGGACACGGACACUCGCACGGAGACGGAGGUCACGGUCACAGCCACUCUCUGUUCAACGGCAGCCUGAGUCACGAACACAGCCACGGCGGACACGGACACAGCCAUGAGAAACAUGGAGGACACGGACACGGACACGGACACGGAGGACAUGAACACGGACAUGAACACGGAGGACAUGGACACAGCCACGCAGGACACCAGGACUCACAUUGUCACAACGAGCUGCAGCGCCCAGGAGGAGGCUCCAGUAAACAGAUCCUGCAGGGAGUCCUGCUGCACAUCAUCGCCGACACCCUGGGCAGCGUGGGAGUGAUCAUCUCUGCCCUCCUGAUGCAGAAGUACGAGCUGAUGAUCGCCGACCCCAUCUGCUCCAUGCUGAUCUCCAUCCUCAUCGGAGUCAGUGUGGUGCCGCUGCUGAAGGAGUCCAUCGGUAUCCUGAUGCAGAGAACGCCGCCGUCCCUGGACAACGCCCUGCCAGAGUGCUACCAGAGGGUGCAGCAGCUGCAGGGAGUCUACAACCUGCAGGAACCUCACUUCUGGACUCUGUGUACGGACGUUUACAUCGGGACGUUAAAGCUGCUGGUGGCCCCGGACGCCGACACCCGCUGGAUCCUCAGCCAGACGCACAACAUCUUCACUCAGGUUGGAGUCCGACAGCUGUACGUUCAGGUGGACACGGCCGCCAUGUAGAAGCUCCUCCUACGACCCCUGGGACCAAUCACGUUCAGCCACCUGCCGCAGGUGUCCUUUAACCCCCCCCCCCCCCCCCCCCCCCCACAGAAGGGAGGGGCGUGGGGGACACAAAGAACUGAUGAACUCAAGCCCGUGUUUUUUAUAAUAUACCUGUGUGGGUUUGGUGGGCAACAUGUCCUCCCUCGCUCCUCCCGCCCUUCGCUUUGUUUGUAGCAAAGUAUUCUGGGUAAGUGCCUUGAUCAGAGACAAUCUGAGCCCCUCCCACUAUUGGUGACAUCACAGCUGGGAUCUGCUGAUUGGUUCAGUGUGAUGUCUCUCUUUUUCUUUUUUUUUUUACUGUGCCAAACUUUGUGACCAAAUCAUGUGACCUGUUAGUGGGAUUUUUUUUUAAAACUGUAAUAAAUCAAUUUCUCUGCUCAGUAA